AUGACACAAAGGCUUCAGGAGACUGAAGAGGGGGACACAAAGGAGGGGGAAAAGCUGCUUUCGCACGGGGCUUCUUCUGCUGCUGCUGCCCCAGCUGUUGUUGGUGUUGCUUUGCGUGCCUGUCCCCCUGCUACUGCAGCUGACGCCGACGCUCCUCCUUCGUUGCAGCACUCUCAGGGAAAACACGAGCAGCAGCAGCAGCAGACGCAACAGGUGCUGCAGCAAGAGCGGCAGCAAAAUCAGGUACUGCAGGAAGAGCAACAGCAGCAAGAGCAGGUACUGCAGCAAAAGCAACAGCAGCAACAGCAGGCGCUGCAACACGAGCAGCAGCAGCGGGAAGGCCCUGUAUGGAGGCGCAAACGCCGUUUUCCUUUGCGCUGA